AUUCAGCCAGCUGCUUGAACGUUUUGGCUUGUUGUAAAACAGUAAACUGGAAAAUGUCCCAGAAAAAUGCAAAGUUAAUCAAUCAAAAAGAAUAUUUGAAGAAAUAUUUGUCGGGUGACAAGGAAAAGAAAAAGAAAAAGAAAGAGAAGAAACAAAGGAAGUCAGCACAUGUUAAAGUAAAAAUCAUCGACGAUGAUGACUAUGAUGCAAAUCAAGAGGAAAUAGACGAGGACUUGUUGUUGGGCGGCGAAGAUGCACCACAAAUCGUGGGCGAAUACAUCGAGGAGAAUCCCGAUGCCAUGCGCAGCAAAUGGCGUAACAUUGCCGUUAAGGAUGAGCCGAAAACAGAAGCCGGGGAGAACGGCAUCAAGCCAGAGCCCGCUAGUGAGAAGGAGGAGUCGUCUUUGUGGGGUCGAAAAGCGUCAGCUAUAAAGGUCAAACAGGAGCCGGAGCUGAAUAUAAAAAUCAAGCAGGAGAAGCGCAGCAGCAGUCGCGAGUUGAGCCCAACAAGGCGUAGCCCGCUCAGAGAGCAUCUUCGUUCGGAUCAGAGCCCAAAAUGGAGGAGAAGACGAAGUGAUGAAGAAAAGCCGAACAAGCGAGAGCAUAAUUUGGAUCAAUCGCCACCCAGAAGGGGAAAAAAUUAUGAUCAAAGCCCACCCAGGAGGCGAAGAGAUGAUCAAAGUCCACCUAGGAGGAAAAAAGGAGAUGACGAUGAUCAAAGCCCGCCCAGAAAGAGACGAGAUGAUGAUCAAAGUCCACCUAGGGGGACACGAGAUGAUGAUCAAAGUCCACCAAGGAGGAAAAAACGAGAUGAUGAUGAUCAAAGCCCGCCCAGGAGACGUUUCAAUGCAGCCCAAUCUCCACCACGAAGGAGAAAGGACGCAGAUCAAAGACGAAGGGACUCGGAUCAAAGUCCGCCUAGAAAAAGACGGGAUUCGGAUCAAAGCCCGCCCAGAAAAAGAAGGGAUUCAGAUCAAAGCCCGCCCAGAAGACGUCAAGAAGACUAUAAACAACACAGAAAUCGACGAGAUUCCGAUCAAUCCCCGCCCAGAAAAAGAAGAAAUUCUCAUCAAAGUCCACCCAGGCGACGUCGAUCCAGCAGCAGAGAUGGACGUCGAGGGUCGCCAGUGCGAAUCAAAAAAGAGGAACGCAAAAGUCGCUGGGCCAAGGAGGAGCCCGCUCGAACGCCAUCGCCGCCGCCAACACACAAGCCGAAAGGCCAAGCACAGAUGCGAACGUUGGAUGGCAAAAAGGCGGGUCUGCAGGAUGCUCAAUCCUUAAAAAUUGAAACGGACGAGCGACGGCGUGAGGAGCGACGCAUGUUUGAGCAGAUGUCCAGCGAGGUGUCUGGACGAGAUGCGGAGGUGCAGAUGCGCAGCACGGGUCGGCGGGGAAGACGGGCACGCGACGCUGCCGCCGAGGAUCCAGUGGAGCGCCAACGCAAGGAGGAACACGAGGAGAAGAAGAAGCAGCUCUACGAUCGCUGGGGCAAAGGACUCAAGCAGCUGGAGGACCAGAAGGCAAGGCAUGCGGAAAUGGUGCACGAAGCGUCAAAGCCUGUGGCCCGCUAUGCCAACGAUGAAGACUUGGAGCGUCAUCUGCGUGAGCAAGAACAUGCAGAUGAUCCCAUGCUGGAGUACAUGCGGCAGAAGCGCAAGAAACGGGAACAGCAUUCCGAUAAACCUGUCCUGCCCGUUUACGAGGGCAGUUAUCCGGAGAAUCGCUAUGGCAUACGGCCCGGCUAUCGCUGGGAUGGUGUGGAUCGGUCGAAUGGGUAUGAGCAGCGCUGGUUCGACAAACAGAAUGAGCGACGAGCGGCGCAGGACGAAGCCUACAAGUACAGCGUCGAGGACAUGUAAAGCACUUUGGCUUUUAAUUAUUGAAAUAAAUAUUUGUGUACAAAAUUA